UUCGGCUGGUCGGCCACCACAUCACGGCACCGCAGACGGCAACAUCACACGAGGGUCCGAACGGGCCUCUGGCUUGCUUCGCAGCUAAGCUGUGAGCAAAAUGGCUGACGCCAAUUUCAAACAGCCCGGAUUACUUAAAGAAAAUCAAAAUCAAAUCAAAUUCUUGAAAGAAGUCAAUGAUUUGACUCUACAAUUUUGUAAGGCCAUGUGGAAAAGUAGCUUGGAAGAAUUCAAUGGAGUGUUAUCAAGGGCAAAACUCAUGCAUACGCCAGAUGUGUCGCUGGAGAACUCGCUCUCUGAAGCCUGGGAAAUCACCAAACUUCUUGGGUGCCUUGUGACCUACUCGCUAGAGAAAAGAAUGAUGGAAAUUCUUAUUGAUUUACGAUUUCGGGUGUCUGCCACCCAAGAAAUUAUUGCUAUCAACCCGAUUCUGGAAUCACCAAAUGGUUCUUCAGUGACUAGGUGCGACGUGAGUGAAGAACUCACGAAAUCUGACUCCCAGACAAAGAGUACUGCACGUAGAGGCAAAAUAAAAGUUCAAUAUAGUUCUACUUCAGACUUCCAAGAAAGCACAUCAAAAGAAACAGUGCGUGGUUAUAGUGCAGUAGCAGAUUCUAAAGAUUAUCUGGCCAUCCAAACACCUAUGAAUGGCAGUGCACAGUCAUGUCAAAAUCCUCUAAAGAACCAUCCUGAAUUGGCUGCAAAGCGGGAAAACAACAAGGGCACGAAACCCGGGGAUAGAAAAGUGCCAACUCUUGUUGAUUUGAAAGAAAGAUGGGCCAGAAAGCUCGUCGAGGAUCUUAAAAUGUUUUGUGGGUCCUGUUUCGCCGGUACCAUUGAUGACAAUGCGAUUUUUCGCGGAUGUAUUGUGUUGCAAGACAUACAAGAAGCAAAACGUAGACUGAAAAAUACAUAUGAUGUUCUUCCGUGGGAGGAGAUAGAAUUUCUUCUGGCACGCUUUAUUUCCCUCAGUGUUGGGCAAACUCAGAUGCCUUUGCUUGAAAAGCUGGCAUUAGAUACAGAUAAAAUUCGAGAAUAUCUAGAUGAAUUUAAGAUCGCAUUAAUGGAUGUAUUGGAGGAUGUAAAACACCUGCGGAAGGAAAAUAAUUAUCCCGCCGCAGAGAAGGAGAAAUGGUUGAGAAGGCUUGGAGAGGGUCCAAGAAAAAAUAUUGAGGUCUGUAAAAUAAGUGCUGCGUUUGAAGCAGGUGCACAGCUGUCCUUCUUAGAAAAGUGGAAACAUGUGCGCACUGAUUACUGUCUGCUACGGGAUGUUUUUUCGCUGAGAGAGAUUAAUCAUCACAUAAACAAUGUGUUUGAGGCUAUUGAUACAGAAAAUGAAAAUGUUCUGCAGAUUUUACAGCAGAAAGCAUACCAAGUCACCGGUGAGCUUAUAAAAAAUACGUGGGAUAGUCCAAGAAUGUCUUCAGAUACGGGAGCUGAGAUAAUGCAAGUGGCCCCUGAAUAUUUUAGGUCUACAUUGAAAAAGGCCCGUGACAAGCUGGCUAGCUAUUCUGGACCGGGAACUCCCGUUGACUUUGUUGAAAAAGAAUUAGAAAAAGUCCAGAUUGCAACCUCCAAAGUACUUAGUCACAGAAUUUGUUCGGCUCUGCUGCACUAUGCUGAAGAUAGAGACGUGGAUUUUGAUGAGGUCAUUAAAGAGUGGAAAAACCUGCUGCCUAUGCAUGAACGGACAAAUAAUUUAAUCUUGAAGCAAAAUGAGCAUUUGAAAGAGUUGUUACUGUUACUGGAGGAUAAAGAGCUGGAUGCCGCAAAAGAUCUUCAAGAAGCGAUUGCGGACGACACACAUACAGAUCUCAAAUACCUUGACAAAGACAUUUUCUGGGAUAUUUUUCUCAAUAAAUCAGUUGUCAGGACAUUGAUGAACAAUCUGCAAGACCUAAAGAGGAAAUACUUAUCUAGGAGUAGAGUAUUAGACACGGUCACAGAGGUUUUUUCACAAAUACGACAGAGAACUGCCACAAACUUGAUGUCCAUACAGGUUCGCAUGGAGGCACUUUCUUUAAAAACCAUCAGGUCUCCGUUCGGCCAACUGAAUCUAGACGACAAGAAAGAAAUCUCGCCUCCCAAGCCGAAUCACGACUUGCCAACAAGUGUUAUUGAAAGCCUGAUCCUUAGAGGACAAAUGGAAAUGCACCUUGAUGACAAACAGCAUCGGCAGAGGCACUUUAGCUCGUCCACUAUGGCCGCCUUGGAACAGUGGCUUCUGUACAAAGCAAAUGGCUGGUGCCACGAAGGCAAGAGCAAAUCCUCGCAAGUCCGUGCUGUGGUUGAAGUCGCGUCCCCCGUGCUCUUCGGCACGCUCCUGAGAAACUACUUGGCACACUCUGGCAAUACGGUGAUAGACGGUUUUCUUUUCUCGCCAUCGCUGGAGAUUGCAAUCUUGGCCGAAAAGCUGGCGUCUGGAUUUCGUUCAGAGAGUGGUGCCCACCAGAAGUCACUUCCGAUCACGAAGGCUAUCGACCACCAAAACUGGCUCAGAAAGCAAGUCAUUGAACCGAAGUGUCAGCUUUUUCGGGCAGCGCAACAAGGGAAGAUAGAAGACGUUAAGAGACACCUCUGCCAAGGGAUCCCUGCCACCGCGCGGGACUUCCGAGGUCAAACGUUGCUGCACGUCGUGGCAGCAAGUGGCUCCCCGAAAGGGAUGGACGUCCUCAGGCUGCUGGUUAAUGCGGGCGUCCCCGUGGCUGCUGUUGAUCGGAUGGGGCGGACCGCCCUGCACGUUGCCACGACGCACGGUGCCGCCCGUCUCCUCCUAGAACACAACAGGACCAUCGCCUGUCGACAGGACGGUGAUGGCCGUACCCCAUUGCACAGCGCGGCGCUUGCUCUGUGGCCAGACCUGGUGCGCCUAUUCGUGGAUGAGGCCGGCAUCGACGUCAACCUGCCAGACAAGGAAGGUCGGACCGCCCUGCACUUAGCCGUGGGCCAGACGGCGAGCCCGGACCGAGCUCAGCGGCUGUCGAAAGUAGUCCAGUUUCUGCUGCAGGAGCGUGGUGCCGACACGGAGGUGCGCUCAAGCGAGCUGCUGCGGACCGCACUCCAUGAGGCCGCAGCCUCCGGCAACGAGGACGCAGUCCGCCUGCUGUUGGCUGGCCACGCCGAUGUGCUGGCCGCCGAGAAGCGCGGCAUGACUCCUCUGCUGUUGGCCGCGGCGCGCGGCAGGGCAGGAGUCAUCUCUGCCCUUCUGGAAUUAGAGGGCACUCGUCAGCUCGCCUCUGUCGCUCGAGGGAGGAUGACGGCCUUGCACAUCGCUGCGCGCAGCGGUAGCGCUGCCGUAGUCGAAAUGCUACUGAAGGCGGCCAAGUCAUGGAGUCUGUUGGCGGAUGGCCGCCAAAGGACACCACUACACUAUGCCGCAGAGUUUGGACAUCUCGAAGUGGUCAAUAUGUUGCAGACGUGGUUGCCGAACAUACAGGCGCAAGUCGACGAUGACGGGCUCACGCCCUUGCACCUCGCAUCGCGGAAUGGGCACUCAAGAGUGUUAAAAGCCUUGCUGGAGAUGAAGUCUCAAACGGGUGGCCCGCCACAGCCUGCGCUGGCAUACCCACAACCUCCACUGGCAGACCCGCAGCCACCACUGAUACUUGCGGCUACUUAUGGUCACUACGACACGAUCGCCGCUUUCUGCGAGGCUGCUCCUUUAGAAAUCCUGCGGUGCAAGGACAACAAAGGCAUCACGGCCUUGCAUGCGGCCUCAAAGGAGGGCCACACUAGUGUGGUCGAACUUCUUCUGAGGCACGGGGCUUCACCGAUGACCAGAGACGACUUGCAGCGCACCAGUUUGCACCACGCAGCCAUCAAGGGGCAGAAGGGCGUCAUCUGUGCGCUCCUAAAGCACGCGAUCCUUUCAUCGGGUGCGACUGGAGAAACAUCGGGGCAAAGACUGGACAGAGAAGUAACACACAGUCCUCACCUUCAACCUGAAUGGUGCGCAGCGUGUUCACAAGUGUGGGUUCGUCCUGUCAGCGCGGAGCAGUCCGGCACCGUGCAUCGUGCAAAAAACUCACCUUGUCGCGAAUGUGCUGUCGCGGAUCUGCUGAACACCACCGACAACAACUCAGAGACGGCGAUGCACUACGCAGCACGCGGCUAUGGCGAGGCUUUGGAAGUGCUCCUCAGCCACCGUGGCGCUGACGUGCUGAAAGAGGAUUGCACAGGCCGGACGGCUGCCAUCCACGCGAUUAAAUCUGCCUCUCUGCACACGCUGAAGAUCCUGCUGAAAUGGGAGUCAAAAUGCCGCGAGGCCAAGUCGGAGUUGACGAAAGCACCUGGAGAUGAAGAAGCGGGCGGGACUGAAGCGUCGGGUGGAGUUCAGGCAGUGUGUGGAAAAGAAGCGCCGGGCGGAGGUCAAGCUGUGGAUAGAAAAAAGGCAGCGGGUGGAGGUCAAGCAGCUAGUGGUAGUGAACGGGUGGGUGGAGUUCAAGAAGCUGGCGAUGAAGAAGCGGCCGGUAGAGGUCCAGCAGCCACUCCUUUCACUCUUGCUCUACGUGGACAGCCUCUCCGUCUUGCUGCUGUGCAAAACCGCAUGGACAUGAUGGAGCUACUGAUCAGUCACGGGGCAGAUGUGAAUGCCGUGGACGAAUGUGGAAGCGACAUAUUAGAAGCAGCAUUAAGUUUAAACCAAGAUUCCACGAGGGCGGUCUUGCUCCUGCUCAAGCACGGCGCAGUGCCGACCUCCGUGCACAAUCGGCUAGAUACUGUCUCUAGGGCCCUUGCUUUAGGAAAAGUGGACGUUGCAGAGCUGCUUGUGAAGCAUUACCCCUACUUCUGCGAAGUACCGAAUGUAAAAUUAAUGAUAUCCUUCGUAAAGGUGCGUGGACUGAUCUCUGACACAAAGCAUCCCAUAUUGGCAGCCACUCUCAAGAAAAUGGAUCCGUCCAAAGAGACAGUUUUGGCCUGCAAUUUGGCCUUUCAAGCUAUGGGGGACGUACGAACACAGCCAGAGAACAGGCCACACCUUAUUGAUGGCACGACAAAUAUAUCGAGUGAAGACCGAGCCCGCAACAAUUUGCGGAGUUCACUUGUGUUCCUGGACAUCGAUGAGGUGGAACAUCACGUCUCAAAAGGAGUCAGGAUGGACGUCGUGUUGAAGAAACCAGAUGUUACUCCUUUAGACGAAGCAUUAUUCAAACUUAACAGUAAAAUUGCGAUUCUUUUGAUCCACGCACUAGCUGAGCACCCUGAAAUCAAGGCAGAAGCGAAGAUUUCGGGAUUUUUUGGGACUGGUGGCAAACCGUUGACGCCUCUACUCACUGGACCGCGCUCUGCUUUGAAUAAAACGCCAUUGGAAUGGGCGGUUGAGUUCAAACGCCCUCAAAUUGUUCGGUCGCUGCUGAACGUUGGCGUUCCCCCGGAAGGCUCCCUCUAUGGGGGCUCUCUGCUCGACUGCUGCGCGUCGUUCAUGGCCAACGAGAUCGUGGCCACUGACAUUGCAGACCGUGAAGAAACGAUGGACCUCCUCAUUCAAGCUACAUCGGUACAGAUUCAACCAGCAGAGAAUGGGGGGGGGGGGACGCUCUUAUUUCUCGGUUUAAAUGAGACAGGCUCCUAAACAGCACCGCAAAUGACAAUCCGCGCCGUGGCCCUGCCGCAAUUGACACUCGACCCUUCUGACCUGGGGGCUUAGUGCCGCAAACGACCAUCCAGUGGGCUUAUGAAAACGACCUAUUGUCUGUCUGUCUGUUUGAUUGUUUGUCGGUUCCCCUAGUAGGAGGUGUGCUAGGGGGUAUCUUACUUAAGGUUCAUUUCUAGAGAACGAACCAGCUACGUCGAAUCCUGACAACCAGCCCUAACGUUGUGAAUAGGGUUGUCAAAGAAAAGGUGGUUGCCCGGAUUUGCCGAAAGCAUUUUGUUCUCUAGGAGUAAACCUGAAGAUACCCUGAAAAUUUCCUCCUUUCAGUGGCACAGAUACACGGACAAACAGACCACCCUCCUGCUUUGUAAAAGCUAUCGAACGGGCUGAUGCAAACCACCUCGCGUUUCGUUUGGAUACCUCGGAGCGAGAACCGCUCAUUCUGCCGAGGCGUUUCGUCAACCGCUCAGUCUCUCGAGGCGCUACGACAACCGCUCAGUCUUUCGAGGCGCUACGACAACCGCUCAGUCUGAUGACUCGCGGAGACUACCGCUCAACCGCUGCAGGAAAGCGUAUUAUACUGAGCUGUUGUCGAAGUGCCUCGGUAGACUGGGCGGUUGACGUAGCGCCUCGAGAGACUGAGCGGUUGAGGAAACGCAUCGGCAGAAUGAGCGGUUCUCGCUCUGAGGGUAACUGGUUGGCCAACUUCGCUUACGUGACUAAAAACAGGACUAAAAACAAUACAUUUAGAAUCUAAACGAUCCCUCUGAUGAACUGUGUCUUUAAGGUGACACAGGACUGAAACUGGCACUAAACAGGUAUUUCAAGUUUAAAAUCUAAAUGCGAAUUAAAUCAAAAAAACGCUUUCCAAAGCAAUUUAAGUUAGUUCAUUGCGGUUCUUUAAAGGUUUAGUAUGCCUAUGGUUGAACGUGACUGUGUGAGCAGAAAGCUUUUUAAAAUUUCAUAAAGUGACGAAAUUUUAAAAAGCCUCUUGCGCACACAGUUACGUUUAACUAGAGGCUUACUAUACCUUAAGGGGAAGGUAUACUGAAAUCCUUAAAAUCUUAACACAGAAAAGUUCAAAAAAGUGGUUUAUUGACUGAGCGAUUAGCGAAGCCCAUUACUCCACUGACCGGAAAAGUUUCAUUCUGUUCACUGUAAAAAAUAUUCUGAAAUUUCAGAGCAAAAUAUCUCUUAAAUUUAAUAACAUUAUCAGUUGUUCUUAAACGUAAUAACAGAUUAAGAUAUUUAAGAAGUUUUCUUAAUAUUGCAAACAAGGUUAUGAGAAUUCUGAUGAAAUUCUCGAUUUCAUAGCAGGUUUAUUUAAUUUAAAAGUUUUCCUUAGUUUUGACAAAAUUGUGUUGAAAAGUCACAACCAUUCUUACUUUUAAUACUAGCAUUCAGAACACUUCUUAAAAGUCAUGUAGCUUUUGACCAUUGGACAUGGAAUUUUGGCGUUCAAUAUAGUAUUGGGUGAACAACAUAUCGAAUUUAGAUAGGCGUAAUGUAGCUAUGCCGCUGCCAUAUGUCAAAAAAGCAAGUUAACAAACAUACGCCGUCCGACCAAGCACAUAGCUACUCUGGGAAUGCCCCUGGACGGAGCGCCGCAUAAGGUCGGGUGCGAGCGCUCCCCUCACAGGUAUGUCCCGACAGCCACGCGGUCUAAGGCGUCAGGAUCCGAACCCAAAGGUCCGAGGUUCGAAUCCACCCAGGUAAGGUAAGGUAAACAUCUUUAAUAUGUGGGAAGUUGGGUGUAAACAUCUGCCCCAAGGGGAAUGAACUAAAUAUUUUCCAGAUUUUCGUUAGGUUGGAAAAGAAGAGCAUUUUUGGCGUUUCAUAACACGUUCUUAAUUUUCAAAACAUGUUUUGAAUUAUAGGAAACUUUUUGUUCUUAAAUUUAAGAGCAAAUUUGUUUUGUAAACUGCUUCAAAACAUGUGUUGUUAAAAUUAAGAUGGAUUUUUUUUACAAACAAAUUUGUUUCGACCCUCCCUACGUACAAGUGGCUAUCUUUUUGGGCGUGGCAGACAAAAGGCUAUCUUUUUGAGCUGGGCAGACAAACGGCUAACUGCUUUUCCCACCUCGCGACUUUGGGUUCUAA